UAAUUCUUUUAUUAUCUCAUUGUUUCAAUUAAUUAUGUUGUAUUUUACAUUGGCCAACCUUAUGAUUGUGGUGAAAUUUAUUAAUUUAUGAUGUUUAUUCAUUUAUUAAAUAUUAAUUUACAGAUUUUUUAUUGUACCUCACUAUGACAUGAAAUAGCUAUUGAUAUAACUAAUGCCACUCUGAUUUUUAACGUUAUGAAUAUAUAAAUAUACAAAAUAAUUUUAUUUCAAUAUUUUUUUAUUGAUAGAAUUUUAUUCUGCCAAAAAAAGGAAUUUUAUUUUAUUCUUUCUUAUUUUUAAAUGAUAGACUAACUAACUAAAAUUUACAAUAUUCUAAAAUUUAACUUUAUUAAAUAUUUGUAGAGGCCCAAAUUUGCUAAGAACCUUUUUAGAAAGAAAAAAAAACACUAUUGAACUUUCAAAAUCUUAAUAUUUUUUUUUAGAUUUAUAUUUAAGAUGUUACUAUAGCAAAUCUCUCCAAAUUAAUGAUUAUGUUGAAUGGAAAGUGUAAAGGACAAAAGGAAAGUGCAAGUAACAAAAAAGGUUAAAUGCAAAGAGACUAUAAAUUGGAGAUAUAUGACACCAUAGAAGUCAUCUUCUCCACAUUCAUCACAAAAUAAGAAUUUUCAUUUUUGUUAUUUCAUCUUACAUCCCAUAGCUUAUUUUAAAAGAAUUUCAGUCCCUUCAAUUAACGUUUCAUAAAAACGUGCAUCCACAAGGAUGAAGUUGUUGAUUUUCAUCUCGUUGUUGCUUGUAUUUUCAUUGUGUUCUUCAGGGCUUGUGAAGGACGAUGAAGUUACUCAAGUCAGUCAACAUUCAUCAGACAAGGCUACAUUUAGUGUUGAGUGAAUGAUCGACUAUCCAGGCCCAUUUAAUCCAACUCCCAUAAUUGUUCGACCUCCUCACCCGCCAGUUACUGAUGAUCCGCCACCGCCACCACUACCGCGUCCAACAAAAAAUGAUAUCUUACAGUAAAGGAGAAAUAUAUGUAAUAUUAGAUCAGUCUAUCAUUAAUAGCAAUUACAUCAUAGUUAUCCAUGACUAUACUGUCUAAAUAUCAAUUUAUUAAGAGAUUUAUCAUAUUAAACAAAUAAUAUAUUCCUCAAAGAUAGAAAUGACGAUCAUGGACUUGCACCGCGGGCCUGGUCCGUAAAAGACUAUCGCGAAACAAUAUUAGGAUGAGGUUUUCUAGGUUCGUAAAUUUGUAGGUAUCGCGGGACGGAUCUUUGCGGAACUGGGCAUUUUGCGGGAUGGACCGAACGGGUCAUGCGGGAUGGACCGAACGGGUCAUGCGGGAUUACAUGGAUUCGUAUUUUUUUUUUCAUUUCUUAUUUUACCUGGAAAAAACGAGAGAGAUAGUAAGAAGAAAUCGAUUCUUGUGACAUUUCCCCAGAAAACAUUAAGAGUUCCGGCAAUGAUGAUUAGAGCUCCGGUGAUGAUGAUCCAAGAUCCGGCGAUGACGACUCCAGCUCCGGCGAUGACGAUUCAAGCUCUGGUGGUAUUUUGAUUUGGUUUUCUCUUUUUAUUACACACAACUAUGAAUUGCUUUAUUACAAUGUGAGAUUUCUUGUUUAAGUUGAUUGGUUUUGUUUUCAGUACGGUGAAAUGGUAUUUUUCUUAAAUUAAAUUUGGUUACAAUGAUGUUGUUUAGGAGAAAAGUUAGUUGUAUUUCAUGUCAGUUGUAUAAUUUGACAAAGUGAUUCACGAUUUUUGUUUGAAAUCCAAAAGAAUUACAAAGAGAGAUGGUUCGAUGAAGACAUACAAUACUUGAGCCAAAUUAUUACAAAGACAACAACUCAAUCAGAUUCAAACUUAAUAAAAUCUUAUGCUGAUAACAAAAAGACUUUUAACUCAAGAACGCAAGCACAAACAUAGCUUUAUGGCAUUGAUUUUGAUAAAACUUUAGUGAAGCUUAAUGAGCUCUCUUCAGCUCUUUUACACAACUCUUCCACUUGAACAUUUACGAAGGAAGCUUUAGUAGACGGUUUGAUAAGGAGCCAUCCCGUGGGACGGUCCGCGAAGGCCUAUAUGUUCUGCGGUACGGAUUUGGACCAGCAUUCUGAGGACCGCAGUCCGCACGGAAUAGGCCCGCUGUGACCCGUUCGAUGACUAACCCACCGCGGUACGGGUCAGAACGGGAUGGAUAAACUUGUUUUAUAUCUCUACUCAAAGAUAGAAAUUCAACAAGCAAGUUUUUUCUGAUGUAUAAACAAAAUCGUAAACCAUCUGUUAUUGAUCUGAACCGUAGCUAAAUAAAUAGCAUUGAAACACAAAAUCCUGUAUUUGAAUACUAAAUUACCGGUUUGACCAGUCACCUACAUAACCGAACCGGUACGACUCAUCCUUCCUCCCAAGUUAUAUGAUUUUAGCCGUCAUGUAAACUUAACAGCUUCUAACGAACUUCAGAAGAUUCCAAGAUUGAUUCGCUCUCCGAUGGCCACGUCAGGUCAUCUCCUUCUCCUCUUCCUCAUCACCACCAUCUCGUUCCUCACUUCCGCCGCUUAUCCUCCGUCGCAGACGCCGCAAGAUCACCUACACGCCGACAGAAUCAUCGAGGCGAUGAUCGGAGCAGGCGACUUCCGCGACUGGGCCUCCGAUUUCCUCUUCGCCGCCGAAGACCAAGUCGGCAUCCCUCUCUCCGCCACCAUUUUCAUCCCCACCGACUUCGACACCGCCAAUCUCUCCUCAUCCUCCACCAACGGUCGUCGUCUCUCAGUCGCUUAUCACAUCGUUCCUCAGCGUCUCUCCUUCACCGAUCUCCGUUUCUUGCAGCCUCUCUCUCCCCUCCCGACUCUCCUCCCCGGAAACUCGAUCGUGGUCACGAACAACUCCGUUUCGGGUUUCGCCGUCGACGGCGUUCUCGUCACCGAACCGGAUCUUUUCCUCUCUUCUCAGAUUGCUAUCCACGGUGUCGCUUCGUCUCUUGAUUGCUCCCUUUACGGCAGUUUUGAAUACCGUUUGGUCGACGAGAUUUUCCGCCGUCAUCGCUGUCGUCAUCCUGAAAUCUACAGCAAUCGAACAACUGCUUCUUCUGUGUCCAUCGCACGCUUCUCAGCUACCUGCUCGUUCUUGCUUCCAUUGGCUCUACUGUUCUUCUGAAUCUACUACGUGCAUUCAAUGCUUCAAGGCAGGAAAGUACAUCUUUUUUUGAAUUCUUUUUUUCAAGAUUCUGUGAAACUCUGUACAUGGAACUUGGGAGCUUUCUUGUUGAGUUGUAAUCUUUGCUAUUAUCGCAUUCACAUUUGAUAGUAGUCUUGUUUACAUUCUUCUUUCAAAAAAUAAAAUAAAUAUACUUCAAU